AUGGCAUCAGUUUCGACCCUCAUUCAAAUACUGCCUCUUGUGGCUGGCUUUGCACUUGCCGCCGACUACCCAGGUAUCCCUAAGGAUCUAACAACUCCUGUGCAACAACGCGUUGCAUUCAAGGGACCUAACGCAAUCUCCGUCGCCUGGAACACUUACCAAAAGUUGAAUGAGGGCUGUGUUCAGUAUGGCAAAUCUGCAAACAGUUUGACCUCUCAAGCAUGUUCCACCCAGUCUCUGACCUAUGGAACUUCUCGUACUUGGGCCAAUACAGUCGUGCUCUCUGGACUUGAUGCUGCGACUACGUAUUACUACAAGAUCAACUCGACAAACUCGACUGUCAAUCAAUUCAUGACUGCUCGCACUCCUGGAGAUAAGACAGCCUUCAACUUGGACGUUGUGGUUGAUCUCGGCGUGUAUGGCGCAGAUGGCUAUACCACCUCUCGCAAACGCGAUAUCCCCUAUGUCCAGCCCGCCUUGAACCACACCACCAUCGCCGCCCUUGCUCGUACCAUCGAUAACUAUGACUUUGUGAUCCACCCCGGCGACUUCGCCUACGCAGAUGACUGGUACCUCAAGCCCAAGAACCUGCUCGACGGCAAGAACGCCUAUGCCGCCAUCCUCGAAAACUUCUACGACCAACUCGCCCCCAUCGCAGAUAGAAAACCCUACAUGGUAUCGCCAGGAAACCAUGAAGCUGCGUGUACCGAAAUUCCCUUCAGCAGUGGAUUGUGUCCUGAGGGUCAGAAGAACUUUACGGAUUUCUUGACGAGGUUUAACGGGCAGAUGCCUACUUCAUUUGCUUCGUCGUCAAAGAAUGUCACUGCACAAGCAGCGGCUAAGAAAGCUCAAGCCCUGGCAAACCCUCCCUUCUGGUAUUCCUUCGAAUACGGAAUGGCGCAUAUAGUCAUGAUAGACACCGAGACCGACUUCCCCUCCGCCCCGGACGCAGCAGGCGGCAGCGCAAACCUCGGCGGCGGUCCCUUUGGCAAAACACCCACCCAACAGCUGGACUUCCUAGACGCCGAUUUGAGCUCCGUCGACCGCACAGUCACACCCUGGGUCAUCGUAGCAGGCCACCGCCCCUGGUAUUCUACCGGCGACUCCAAAAACAUCUGCACACCCUGCCAAAAAGCCUUCGAACCCCUCUUCUACAAAUACGGCGUCGAUCUCGGUGUAUUCGGCCACGUGCACAAUUCCCAACGCUUCAAUCCUGUAUACAACAAUAUUGCCGAUACAGCUGGACUCAAGAAUCCCAAAGCGCCUGCAUAUAUCAUCGCGGGAGGUGCUGGAAAUAUCGAGGGAUUGAGUGAUGUGGGUGCUAAUUUCUCGACCAAUGUUUUUGCGUAUGGGGAUGAGUUUAGUUAUGCGACGUUGAAGUUCAAGGAUGCGAAGAAUUUGCAAAUCGACUUUUUGAGGUCGGAUACUGGUGAGGUUUUGGAUUCGAGUGUGGUUUACAAGGAGCAUGCUGUUGCGUUUGUCAGGAACUGAGCGGGAGAUUUGGGAUGUUGGAGAGUAUAGUGGGAUAUACAAUCUGGAAACAGAAAGCACAGUC